AACGAGUUUCUGGUUUAACGAAUAUACACGCGUUACAAAUGAAAUGCUUUAAGUAGAUGUAAAUCGUUUCAGAAAUUAUACUCGAAAUAUAAUUAUGGAUAUAGUCACUGAUAACGCAAAGAUUCAGUCAGUAACAGACAAAAAAUGCACUGAACUAUUUCAGGUCAAAAGAUAUUUUCUUUUUAUUCUCAUUUGCACAACCAUCGGCGAAAUGGUUACUCUACUUGGACUGGUUGGACACUGGCGGGUAUUACGGGAGGACAUUAUGAGCCCUAGACAGCAACAGAUGUGUCUGCCAUUGCACAGAUUCACUUUGGUAGAUGAUGAGGAAGCAAACGAUCAAUGUCCCGGUAGACUUAAAAAGAGGUUAGAUAAAAAGAAAAAAUUAAUCAUUUGCUGCGGGACUUUGAGUGAUGUGCUUGACAAACUUUCUAACAAGGUUGUCAUGGAAAAAUAUAAUAGUGACGCAAAUCCUGAAAUGAGUUUACUGAACCUGACGAAUUAUAAAUGCGAAGCAACCAACAAGAAGCAACCAAAGGCACAUCUUGUGGAUAUUUCAGAAGAUAAAAAGCCAGUUUCAGUGGGGAUGUCAUCAAAGUUACUAUGGAAUACUGACCCACCGUCUUAUGCAAAUUUAGGGUUGAGGUAUUCAAAAGAUGAUGGAACAAUAUAUAUAGAAAAGACUGGUCAUUAUUACAUAUCGUCACAACUGAAAACAAAAAUUGCGAAAGCGAAUGAUACAGAUGAAACUUUAGACAGCAUCUUUAGACAUUACGUGUAUUUAAUCAAAAGCGAAGGGACGGUGGGAGUCAUACUUGAAGAUGCGAAAUCCCAGUGUGAAAUGGUAUCAGAUGUUUCUGAAAGUACAAGCGUCCUUGGCGCUGUGUUCCACCUCGAGGACGGGGAUCGACUGUAUGUGUCUACUUCUCAUCCUCAAAAUAUUAUUUCUGACAAACACAAUAAUUACUUCAGUGUGUUCAGCCUUUUAGAUUUAAAGUGAUACAUUAUGUUUUUGACUAAAUCAAUUCUUCAUGUGGUCUCAUCAUCGUAAAUGUUACUACUGACAAUUUCUUAUAUACUUCGGUACAUUCACAACUGUCAGUCAGAGAACAGAAAAUAAAAUGUUUCAAAUACUCACGAUCGAUACAAAUAGUUUACAUACAAGUGAUUUAGGUUCAAUUACAUGGCUAAGGAAUACAUGAAAUACCUUUGCAAAUUGUAAAUUUUUCCAUUACAUUAUCAUUACGGUAACCAAGGUAUAUGUUUAUUCAAUUUUCAUUACACAUGUCAUAAUUUCAUUGUACAUUACAUUACACAUUACAUUCAAUCAACCGCCUCGGUAGCCUAGUGGUAGAGCGUCCGCUUUGAGUGCGGGAGGUCGUGCGUUCGAUUCCCGGGGAAAAUGGUACUAGUUGCUUCCGCGUUUGGCGCUCAGCAUUAAGAGGUAGUGCUAGGACUAGUCAGCCCGGUCUCAAUGUAAUGUGGCUUGGAGGGGUAUCAAAUCACUUGCCCCUCAUCGAUGUGGGUUCGAGCCUCACACAGGGCGUUGAAUUCUUCAUGUGAGGAAGCCAUCCAGCUGGAAGGUCGUUGGUUCUACCCAGGUGCCCGCUCGUGAUGAAAUAAUGCACGGAGGGGCACCUGGGGUCUUCGUCCACCAUUAAAGCUGGAAAGUCGCCAUAUGACCUAUCAUGUGUCGGUGCGACGUUAAAUCCAACAAAAAAAUGUCACGUGUCCGCUUUGAGUGCGGGAGGCCGUGGGAUCUAUGCACGGUGAAAAUGGUACAAUUAGCUUCCUCGCUUGGCGCUCAACAUUAAGAGGUUCAAUUUUGAAACGCCGCUGGUUGUGUGUUUCUAAUUACCUACUUUUUACUCUAGAUAACUUAAUGCACACACUAUCUACAUUUAUUUUAACAAACAUGCUUCAUUAAGAUCAGUUACAAGAUUGUUAACACGGUUUUUCUACAACUUUACCUAGUGAAAUAGUUCUUAAAUGUGUAAAGUUGCCUCUGCAGUUUUAGCAAUAUAUGUUACGAUUUGGCAUAGUGACUUAGUUGUUACAUAUAACUGAUGCAGUUUGAACCUCACUUUAAUUUUACAAAGUAAGGCAUUCUGAUUAAUGUGGCAUCUGAGGUAUUAAUUGCAAAUUUAAUGAGAGACUUUCAAAUAAGGUUACAGCUUCCUACUCAAUCCUGUAUGACAUUGUGAUAUAUGUACAUCUUGUAAAUGAAUUAUGAUUAAUAAAGUGUUGUUUAAACCAA